AUGGACGCAUCGAUCGUCCAACCUUUCCAUCCGGAGGUUGUCGCAGUCCCUGGCUCCUCGUCUCUUGGCUAUGUCCUCGAGCCCGCCAUCGUAAUCUCCCUCCUCGCCACCGGUGUCUGGCUGAACCGCCGGAACACAUCCCGCUCCCCGCCUCUCUUCCCGUAUCCUGCGAGUCCGUCCUCACCCGCGAGCGCGCGCGACACCUCGCGUUAUGCCAACAACUGGAUCUCUCGCACGCUCCACCGUCUUCCGUUCAUUCUAGAGGUCCUCUACUGGGCUCUCACGUACUGGAUAUACCAGAUCGCUCGCGCAAUCUCUGCUGUGCUUUUUAUCGAUGAGGGCACAGUCGACCUCGCGCGCAGGCAUGGCAUUCAGGUCGUCGAAGCCGAGCGUGCGAUGAGCAUUCAGUGGGAAAAUGGUGUUCAGGAAUGGGUCAUGCAUACCCCGUGGUUGCUCAAUUCACUCAACAGAAUCUACUCCUUCAUCCACAUCCCGGCCACGAUCGCCUUCCUAGCCUACUUUUACCGCACCCAGCGCUUCAAUACGUACGCCCCCGCGCGGCGCACGCUCGCGCUCGCCAACCUCCUCGCUUUCGUCGUAUUCACCCUCUGGCCGUGCAUGCCCCCGCGCCUCCUCCCAAAGAGCUACGGUUUCAUCGACACCGUCCACCGCGGCGCGGUCUCCUCCGUGUGGACGACCAACAAGUUCUGCAACCAGUACGCCGCGAUGCCGAGCCUCCACUUCGGGUACUCGCUCAUCGUCGGCUGGUCGUUGUUCGCGAACGCGCCCGCGGGCACGCGCUCGCGUUGGCGCCGUAUGGGCCUGCACUACCUCUUCAUGGGCUACCCCGCGCUGAUCCUGCUCGCGAUCGUCGCGACCGCGAACCAUUACCUGCUCGACGCCGCGGCCGGGUUCGUCGUCGCCGUGCUCGCGCUCCAGGCGAACGCGGUCCUGCUCCGCCUGCUCCCGCUCGAGAACUACGUAUUCGACAAGCUACACAUACAUAAGCCGCCCCCAGCAGGGCGUGCUGAGGCCGUGGGCGCGGAGGAGGGGCUGCCGCGGUUCGCAUACGAGGCUGUGGACGAUGGCGGCGCCAAAGAGAAGAGGCGGAGCUGUGGGUCAUUCGUUUUUACCACCGCCGAGGCAUGAGACGAUGCGUCGUGGCGCGUUUCUCUGAUCGGGCUAGACGGCGACCGACUUGAUGACUCCUCGAUGACCGUUGACGAAGUGAAGCGAUAUGCGGAUGAUGAUGGCGACGACGACGACGAUCACGAGGAGACGUGGAAAGAUUCGAUUGGUAGACCUCCUGAGUCGUUGACGGGAGAAAUUUGCUGUUGUAUUGUUUAAUUGGCCCUGUUCUUCGUCGAAGGAAAAUAAUUUAGGUAUGUAAGCGGCCAUGCGACCCAGCUUUUAUUAUAUCUAACACACGUACACGAUGCAAACUAUCUGUACUCGACCCGCCCUACCUUAUCUCAUUAGUGAGUCUAUAGACACCUUUAUCAU